AUGAUGGAACAAUUUAUUUCAUAAUUAAGUGAUAAGAAAUUCAGAAAAGAAUUGGAGGAGUUAAUUGAAUAAAAUGAUGAAUAAACCAUGGAUUAAUUGAUAUAAGCUAUGAAAAAAAUUAUGAAUGAAAAAUACCCUCCAAAGGAAUGUCUCUUUGGAUUAAAGAUUGUUAAAGAUUGCAUUGAAAAAUUUAAUGAUAACUUUAAAUUCAAAGUCAAACAACACUUAAUGGAUUAUAUCUAUUAAGCAGCUAUUUACAGAAUAAAAGACAUGGAUGAUGCCAGAGGAGCCACCUAUUUCAAAAACCCAGAACAUGAUAAGACUGUUGAAUAAUAUGGAGCAAGUUAUCAUCGUUUAGCAUUGGAUUGCAUACGAGUAUGGUCCAAAUGGUUUCCAGAAUUUGCUGUCUAUGAAAAGAAUUUAAUCAAAGAAAAUGGAUAUUUACCCUAAAUUAACUACUUCAAGCCAGAAGAAAUAUAAAGGUAUAUACCCAAGGCAGAAGCAACUCCAACUCCUUUGGAUGAAGCUUAGUAAAUUUAAAUGAAAGCUUAAGAACUGCAAUAGUAGCUCAUUAAUCUACUUAAUACUAAUAAAGAUGAAAAUAAUGCUGUAAUCAAUGACUUGGCCACAAUUAAUGCUUAAGUGGAGGACUUACUGCUUUUAGAUGUUUAAAAUGAAUUUGUGGAGGAUUUCAUCAUGACAUAUCAAGAUUAUCAAGGAGGGAACCUUAGUUAUCAACAAUUAAGACAGCAAUAUAUAAGGAAUUAGAAAUCACAAUUCCAAUAAGAAGAUCCUUAGAUUUAAAAUAGAAGUAAUGUAUUAACAUCUAAAGUUCAACAGCUACCUUAAUAAAUUAUCACUUCAGAUACUCAUCCAAAUAUUAAUUAAUCACACGUUUAACCAGAAAAAAACGAAGACAAAGUGAUGAUUGAAAAUUUAAAAUAAAUUAUCAAUUAAAAUGAUGUCGCAAUUGAAACUAUUAAAUCAGUGUUGUAACGUUAAGUACAAAUAAAUGAGAAGGCAAGCAUUGAAAAUCAUCAGAUAUAAACUGAAAAUUAGAAACUUAAUUUGGAGAUAAAUUCAUUAAAAUAAAAACUAUUCGAUGAACAUUAAUAUUAUUAAGAUCAUUUAUUAGAGUUGCAACAAUAAGUGUAACAUUAUCAAGUACAGCUCGAGUAAACAAAAUAAUAAUAAAUAAUUACAUCUUAAGUAAGAGUAGGACAAUAAUAACAACAAGAAAGACCUAUGGAAUCUUAAAUUGUAUUUUAAAAUUUGCAAGAAGAACUAGAGAAUUUAAGAGUUGAAAGAAAUCUGUUAUUGGAAUAGCAGAAAAUAUAUUUAGAGAAAAGUAAUUAGGCUUGUAGCUAAUUGGAUUUUAUGAACUUAAAGUAAAAGUAUGAUGAAUUGGAUAGCAAAUAUUUUUUAUUAAAAUAAGAGAAUCAGAAAUUAAGACAAAUAACACUUGAGUAUAAUAAUCAAUAGUCAGCAAAUUAAAGUAGGAAUAUUGAUAGCGUUAACAGGGAAAUCGAUUAUCAGGACGAAUAUUAAAACCAGAAUUUUGUUUUUUACAAUUUUAAAGACCCUGAUCUUCAAUCCUAGGCCUUAUACAUCAAACCGUAAUCUCAAAUUACUAAAGUCAGUUAAUCAAGAGAUGUUUCAUAACUUAUUUAUCCUCAUAAAACUGCCUCUGAAUAUUACAGGGUGCAUGGAAAGAAAUAGUUCAGAGGAAUCCAAAUUAUUAGAAAUUAAUUCUAACUCUAAUUGAAUAGCACUAAUAUUGUGAAUUUUAAGAAAGCAAGUAUAAAUUAAUUAGCAAUCUUAUUUUAAUCAAAUAAAGUUGAGAUUAAAUCAAGAUAAUAAAUUUUAUACGGUAAUAACUAACAAGAAUUCAUAUCAACUACUUUGAGCAUUAAAAAUAAAGAACUUAAGCCUGUAUAGGUCUAAAUUAUGAAUUAACAUAAAAAUGUAUGGGUAAAUAAGGAUUUGAAGAGUGUGUUAUUAUAAUCAUAAUAAUAAAUAAUGUAUGAAUUUAUUCGGGAAGCAAAAAUAUAAGUUCAUUCAUAAACUCAAUUAUCUUGUUCAAUUAAUUUUGAAAAUUUUAUCUUAUACUUACCCAAUUUUAUCUUGACAUCAUUAAAGUUUUACUCAACAGAAGCUACUUCUUUCAAAGAAAUCAAGUAAUAGUUUUUGGGAAAGGUUUACAAAACACAGCUGCUCCCAAUUGUUUGCUUUGAUGAAUUAAAACAACUUAGCUAAAAGGGAGUAUUAUUGAAUAAUUGGGAUCAAGAGAAUGAUGAAUUGAUUACAGAAAGCAAAUUUGGAUUUAAAGCUGUAUUAUUGAACCAACUAGAGUUUUAUUUAGAAUUAAUUACAACUCCUUGUGAUGAGUUUUUGUUUAGAGGGUUCACUUCUUUCGAUGAAGACUUAUUAUAAUUCAUUCUUAAUGGAUUAGCAAAUUUAUUUAGUUGA